AUGUCUCAAAGGAAGAUGCUGCUAUUCUCCACAGGAGCUCUGCUCCUUCUCCUGCCCUGGUUUGGUUGCCUGGUCCUCGGAGAGGUCAGCAGUGACUUUUCCGAGUGCCUUGAGUUCUUCUAUGACAGGUCUCCGCCACAGGGCAUCAAUGCAGCCUGGUUCCAGCCGAUAUGCCAGCGCUACAAAAACCAUUAUCACUUUGCCAGCCUGUAUAACCGAGAGCAUCGCACACCACUGUACUCUGCCUACACACUCGGUCCUGCAGACGGCAAACGUCCUAAUAGCACUUGGAUGUACGAACCACAGUUGGCGUUUUCUCGUGCCAGUUCUGAGAUGACACCUUUCCACAUCCCUCUGGACCAGAACGUGAUCGAGAGCCAGGCGGUGCUCCAGGACUACAGACAAUCCAACUUCACAAAAGGCCACCUCAAUCCCAGCAUGCACCAGAAGACCAGAGAGAACCGUGAGGCCACCUUCACCCUGACCAACAUUGUCCCCCAGCAGGCGGGCUCCAACUCUGGCCCCUGGAACACUCUAGAGAGAGCAGUGAUGAGAAAAUUCACCACGUUCUGUGAGGGCCCGAUGUAUGUGAUCACAGGGGCCCUGCCUUAUGAGGAUGGAGCACGCUGGAUCAACAACAGAGUGUUUGUUCCUGAGUACAUGUGGUCUGCCUACUGUUGUCCCACCUACAAGUCUGACCUGCCUAAACAUGAGCAGACAUUUUUCCCCACAUACGCAGCGGUGGGAAGAAAUGACCCAGACAGUGGACAGGAGAUUGUGCCAGUGAACCUGAAGGUGAGGAGGUCGAAGCGAGGUUAUGAUGUGAAGUGGAUGAAUGUGACGGCUCUGGAGGACAUCUUGGGACGAAGGCUGGGGAUGCCCAUCAGUCUGUUUGCUGGACAGUGCCGCUGA